CAAUAAUGAAGAGGACUCGCAGCGCGCAACUGCUCUGCAUCACAUUGUGCAGCAGGCUUGUUACUUUGGGUGUAGCUGACCACACCUCGUCGGUUUGGUAACUGCGCCCGGUCGGUCUCCGUCGGGUCGAACCGGUAUCGGGCUGUGCGCCCGUGCUGGUAGAUGAGAGUGCUCGACGCUGCCUGCGUGCCUCGUCUUUCACCUACAAACGAAGUGUCGGUCAAAAGAAACGGAGAUUUUCCAUUUCACAACUUCUGUGGUGAAAAUCACUGCAGUGUGAAAUCCCAAAGUUGCGAGAUUAUCUUUAAACUGCGUCAUGUCAUAGCUGAUAUCUAUGAUAAGGUUUCUGGGGAUCUGGAGAGAGCCGGUGGGGUGGACUGUGAAUGUGUAGGAGGUGGAAGGAUCAAACAUGACAGUGCAGAGAAAAAAAUCCAUGUUUAUGGCUACUCCAUGGGCUUUGGGAGAGCAAAUCACGCAGUUUCUACAGAAAAAUUGAAGGUGCGGUACCCAGACUAUGAGAUUACUUGGGCAAAUGAGGGCUACUGAUUGGCUGGCCAAGUCAUCUAUCAUCCUAGUCAGUCCAAGGACCUCUUGUGCUGAGCUGAUACAGAAACAGCUGUUCUCAGCAUAAAAAGGAGCAGAAAAGUACUCACCAUCAUCCACGUACUGAAACAUGGCUUGGAUCUACAGCAGCUGAAUUCAUUUUACUGAUUUUGUACAUUAUUUGCACUCAUUGAAAUGGUCAGUUCACCCAAACAAUACUUCAUGUAGUAACAAGAAAUUGAACAUUUUAAAUGAUUCAGCUCAAAAAAUUGCUUUGAUUGAAAGUCAUUCAGAUAUUUAUGCAAGUUGAAUAAAUCUUGUUGUUACUUGUUACCACAUGAAUUUUUUUAGGAUGAAUUGAUAAGCUAUUUAUUUUUGCUGUACUUGAUGUUAAGUCAUUGAGAAUAAACCAUAUUCCUGGACCUAAAUUAGGCCUAAAUUUAGAUUCAAAGGGAUUUUCACUAAAUUGCGCCACUGACAUUUGAAGUUAGUCCAAACACUCUGAUCUUAUUUAUGCAUGUCCAGCGGGUUUCCAUACAUUUCCAAAUGUCUUCAUAAGUCAGUCUCUGACAUGUAAACAGCCAUUCAGAGAGGUUUGAUGUGAAAUGAUGAGUUGGAGAAACACUUUGUCUUACUAAGUUACAGUGAUGGUAAUAGGAGCUGAUGGUUGUGGCAACACAAAUACAUCCAUUUAAUUUACUAUCCAAAAUGACCAGUUAACCUACACGUGUUCAGUUCUGUUCAGACGUCUGGUUCCUAUCACAAGCACUGCGAACAAAUCUGACUGUGUAGGUUUCUCUAAAAUGGAGCAUUUCACACCAAAUCACUCUGAAUGACUUUGUUUACAUCUUAAUGAUUUAAUUAUGCUGAAAUCAUUCACAAUCAGAGGAAUAACCCUUUAACACUGUUAUUCAUUUCCAAUUUUGAAAUAAAUAAGGCAGAAACUAAUGGGGUCAGAUGAUCCCACUAGCUAAUACACAUGGUCAAUUAACUAGUGCUGAAGCAUGAGUUUAUUACUUCCAAGAAUUUUAAAUGGUCCAGAAGUUAUAAACUUCAUUGAGUUGCUAAAUGAAUUUGAUGGCUUAUGUCCGUUCUGUCAGCAGUUUCAGCAGGAAGUCUUAUCACGUUCAUCAUACCAUAUUACGUCUUAUGUUUACGUCUGAGUCAGUAACGGCAGAAAUUGAUGUUCGCCAAGGAAUUUAAUACUUUAAUGCAGUUAUUUCAGUAGACGACCCAUUCAUAUUUUGAAUUUAUUCAAAUCAAAGUGCAGUAGAAUAUAUUUUGCAUUUACUUUUCAAUAAACCGAUUAAUUUUGCCUUCCUCA